UUCCAGAUCCUUCCAAAAACAAAACAUUAGGUAAAUAAUUUUUUAUCAAUCCCCUUUUCCUCCGGACUUCCACAUUCUAGAGUCUUCUUGGCCCCCCGUAGCCUCCAGAGAAGCCCUUUGAUCCCCUUUCUCCCCCUUAACCCCAUUUAAGCUUUCCCUUCAAUCGAAACCCCUCCCAAACAUAGAAACCAACUUUCUCUUUCUCUCUCAAUUCAAACUCGCCCAUUUUCUUCAUCCUCUUGAUGGCAAAGUAUGGCGAAGGUGACAAGCGUUGGAUCGUGGAGGAACGACCCGACGGAGCCAACGUCCACAACUGGCACUGGGCAGAAACCGAUUGUCUCCCAUGGUCAAAGACCUUCUUCACCAAAUCCCUUUCCAAUCUCACCAUCCUUGACGGCGAAGGCAAUCUCCACAUCAAGACCAAGAAGGUUGAAAAGGUCGACGGCGAAGCCUACGUUAAUGUCAGGAAGGGUAAGAUCAUUCCCGGAUAUGAGAUCAGUUUAAGUUUAUCCUGGGAAGGCGAAGCCAAAGAUGGAGAAGGGAAGUCGCUGCUGAGAGUUGAAGGUAAUGUCGAGAUUCCGUAUAUUUCGGAUGAGAAUGCAGACGAGGAUCCGGAAGUUAAGGUGACAGUUAAAGAUGAAGGACCGAUUGGGAAAACGUUGAAGGAAGCAAUGCUGGCCAAAGGGAAGCCUUUGGUUUUGGAGAAAGUGAGGGAUUAUGUUCAAACUAUGGCCAAAAGAGGACCGGCCAAAGAUGAACUGGAAGCCAAGAAAUUGGCUCCCAAAGUUACUAAUAAUAAUAGUGAUUCAGCUGGGGUGUCUAAGGAGAAAGUUGCGGUGCAGAAGGAGGCAAAGAAGGAAGUGAAAAAGGAAGGGAAAAAAGGGUUUAAGACAAUAACCAUGUCCGAGAAGUUCAAUUGUAGAGCUAAGGAUAUGUAUGAGAUUUUGAUGGAUGAGAAUAGAUGGAAAGGGUUUACUCAGAGUAACGCUAGGAUUAGUAAAGAAGUUGGUGGGCAGUUUAGUAUUUUUGAUGGAUCGGUUACUGGGAGUAAUUUGGAGUUGCAAGAAGGCAAGUUGAUUGCUCAGAGAUGGAGAUUUGGGAGUUGGCCUGAUGGGGUGGAUUCUACAGUAAGACUUGACUUCGAUGAGCCUGAGCCUGGCGUUACUAUCAUCAAACUAACGCAUACGGAUGUUCCUGAGGAGGACAGAUAUGGGAAUGCGACUGUGGUGGAGAACACUGAGAGAGGAUGGAGGGAUCUUAUUUUCAAUAAGAUACGGGCAGUAUUUGGUUUUGGAAUAUGAUUUAAUUUAUUCCUAAAUGAGGAAAUGGUCUUUUUUUUAAUUUUGGAAUUUUGUCAAAACUUGUUUCUUUCUUUCGGCAAUAAUUGCGAAAGAUUUGUAUGAGCCUUGCAAUCCUGAUCUUGGUCUAUUGGUUCAUGGUUUUAAACUUGAAAGUUGGACGGAGUGAGUCUCAUUGUUAUCUUGUGUGUCAAUUUAUCGAAUGUUGCCUUUAAUCUUAUAACCUUGACAAUGACGAAAAUGUUUUCUUAUGGUGACUUUAUUUAAAUUCCAGCAGUUUGCAUUUGUUUCC